GACAUGUGGUAAUGUGGAACAUUAGUUACACGGACGUGAGGAGGAGUUCUGGCUUGAUUUAAAUUCAGCAGGUGUGUUUUUCGAGGAAACAUUUUGCCAAACCAAGUAAGCUGUUGACCUCUUUAGUAGAAAGUGAAAGAAAUUAGCGCAAUGAAGAGAUGAGAUGAUUAAUCCAAGAAAUGAAAAUGAAGUGUCUUUGUAUCUAUUGGUUUACAUUGCUGUGUAUAUGUAAAGGUUGUAAAGAAGCCGCAGAUGUGGUUUUUGUGAUAGAUGGUUCGGACAAUGUAUCGCCAGUAGAUUUUCUUCAUGAAGUAACUUUUGUGGGGUCAGAACCCUCAAAAUAUGAGGGGUCUUCCGGCGACGUGAAGUUUGGCGCCGUCCUGUAUGGGUCCCAAGUGACCGAUAAAAUCAAUAUAGUCCCAAGCAUAGACAACAAUCAGUUUGUGAACAAAGUGAGACAGUUAAAACAGACAGGAGGGAAACCUCUAGUUUUCCGUGCUUUGAGAGAAAUUCGGAAGGAUCUCUCCAACAUUUACCGUGACGGAAGCAGACGGAUAGCCAUUGUGAUAAUAAGUGAUAAAAUGCAUAAUAGAAAUGCUGUAUUACGAGAAACGAGGUCUCUAAGAAGUGCAGGAGUUAUUGUCAUACCUAUUGGCGUGGGAUUAGACACCCGGGAAAGGGAUUUGAAGGAUUUGUUAACUUACGAAAAUCCAUUCUACAGUAUAAGAAACUUUAGUGAACUAUUCCAAUUAUCUGCAGAAAUACACAACUUUGUAUGUCCCGUGAGAGAAACAAUCUCUGGUACAACCUCAUUCCCGCAAUCUGAAAAUAAUGCAACGCUGAGCGCCGGAACCGAGACCGUCAAUUCUAAUAACGAAAGUUUAUCUACAAAACAAAUGCACACAUAUACAAAACAUACAAGAUAUGUGAUACAAAGAGAUCCAAAAUCGAACGUUAGUGAGAGGGGUUUACAGAUUGAAAUCCCAGUGCUGAGAGAGAUGGUUGACAAACAGCCUUCAGUGAGGCCAUACUUCAUCAAUUACUCGUUGCUUGGCACCAAGAGCUUUAAAAAGAAGAGCACUAGGAAAUCAGAAUAUGGUAGAGCAAGCUCACCUCACAAAAUGGAGAAAGAAGUAUCGGGAAUCAUUAUUGACAAUGACAUUUGGUCACCGACCUCAACACCCUCCGCGAAGAUGUUAACGUUUUCUCCAGAAUCGUCAUGGACGACAAAACCAAGUGAAAAAUCACUGGACAAAAAAGUCCCCAUGUAUUGGAUGGCCAAGGGCCUGAAUGAUUUUCACGAGCUUCUUAAGAACCUUGAUAAAUCAGGACAGGAAAACACGAAUCAUCUUCCAAGAGGAAAUUCGAAACUGAAGACUCUGUUUAUGAGCAAACAAAACACAAAUGCUAAACUUCGUGGAAAAUCCAACUCACAUGUUAAGAAGGAGCGAACGGACUCGGGUGCAACUCAAAGCUACGUCAUUACACAUAGUAGCCCCGGGCCUGAAAAAACCCAACAAAAUCAAACGAGAAGUUUUAGUAGAAAUAAUACAAGACCCAAAAUUGAAACUAAAACACGAGAUAGUGUGUUAAAAAGAAAAUAUAAUAAUACAAUGAAAUCCAAACAACACACGAAAGUAAACACCAACUUUAAUAGAAAGUUGCAUUCCUCUCUACGGAAGAAGGAUAACGUAAUUUAUAACGUUGAAGAACGUAAUACGAACAAGUACUUAAAAAGCACUCCAAAAACUAGAAUUGGUAUUCCAAUUGCGAACAGUAUUCUAAAAACUGUGUUAGCAUCCAAAGAUUCCAAAUCUAGAACAAAUAGUAUUUCAUUAGAGGCUGAAAAAACAGUUUCUAAAGUGCACCCAAACACUCCAGAACAUCCCAAACGGAAGUCCGAGGGAGAUCAUCCAACGUUUACUGACAGCGUUCUGUCUGGUCGACAAGUCCGUCCUAUUUUCACCCUGAGUGGAACAAUGGAUAAUAAUGUCUUUUCCGGUAGGAAUAGUUUCCAGCUUUCCGAUAUGGACGGCAACAAAGAUGAUAGUCAGUUAUCCGACAAUGGGCUCAAUCAGAAUAAAAUCGUUCACGAAAGACCACAAAUUGCCAGUAAUUUAUACAGUCCAUCUAAUGAAUUUUACGUCGAAAAAGGAGUCAAUUCGAUAUCUUAUAAAGAACAUUUUAAGAAGCUUAUGAAUCCGAGGUCUAAUACUCCCAAAGCACCAUUGUCUUUCGACGGUUCCAAAAUAUACUCUACUGGGACUUCUGGACCAUUGUUUCUCUCCCAUGAUAAAGCUUACCAGAAGCCUAUCCCAACGCAAUAUCCCUCUACACCUGCUUCACAAAGUCGUGAAAACAAACGGCCAUUCUAUUUGACUGAUGCAAACUAUGGUCACCUCAUUCCGUCCAUCCCAGAGUCCUCUACCCAGCCAAGCAUGUUUAAUACAGAAAAAUUGACGACUAGACAGUAUCCCACAUUCCCACCAAACUUUUUGGAGAUGUUAGGAAUUUCCUUAGAGGAAUCCCUAAUGCCACAUUCCAGAAAUUUGAAAAGUUCAUCAUAUCCUACUAUGCCCCAAAAUGCCGAAGAAUACCACCACCAGGGAACCGAUGUUCAUUUUUUCAGACAGGCUUCGUAUCUUCCCUCUCCUUGGAUCCAACAAACCAGCUUCCCACAACAGCUUCCUCCACAGCAAUUUCUACAGAAGAUGAACGAAGUGGAAAUAAAUUUUACGGACCAAAACUGUACAAAGAAAGCGUACACCAGUGAUCCGACGUUCUAUGUGGAGAGCUUGAUUUCGCGCCAUGAAAUCAGGCCUUGUCCUCCCGGGACGAUUUUUGAUUCACAAACCUGUGGCUGCACUAAAUCGUUUCCUUUUGUUCAUCAGUUUGAUUGCACUCCAGAAUUACAGCUGACUUUUGAUACAGACUUCAGUGACGUAUCGGGGAAAAGCACUGUCGCAGUUAACCGAGUCCAACUUCAGAACAGCAGCGCUGUGUUUAACGGGGACGGGGAACUGCGCGUGUGGCGAUUCAGCGGCGGAUACAUCGGGAACCAGUUAAUGAUAAAACUUAGAUUUAAACCAACAAGGUUUCAGAAACAGAAGCAACUUUUAGUCGGCAACUGCGCUAAAAGGUCAUCAAUGUCGUAUGGUGUUGAAAUUGACACAAAAUCACGUGAGAUGGUGAUGACCAUUAAAACGGAAAAUGGUAGUGCAACCAUUAGAAUCCAUUUUAAGAUGUUUCAUUGGAAUGAUUUGGUUAUGAUUUAUGAUGGGAGUGUUUAUAAAGCGAUUCUGAACGGGCACAAAGAAGCUGUUCCUCUCAUUGGAAAUGUGGAGGAGCGGUUAAACCCAGUGUGUGUGGGACGAUGUGACGAGACUAAGCUCGGAUUUCAGGGAUAUAUAGAUAAUGUAGAGCUUUUAUUUUGUGUGCCAAAUGUUUGGAGUAGUUUGUAAGAUUCUGUUUUUUUUUUAUUUUUUUUUAUUUUUUUUAUUUAUUCAUUAAGAUUUCAAUACAGAGAUUGUAGAUAUUGACAUUUUUUAGAAUUAAAAUUUGGUAUAAAAAUGA